CGAGAGAGCGAGCGACUGUGAAAGCAGGCAGCUGUCCACACCGGCACCUUGCACACGCAAACACUCAAUGUACACACACAGAAAGCUGCCCUCUUCUGUCCUCUGCACCCCUUCCACAGUCUCGACCUUCCUCUGCAACCCUCAAAGUUGUCCUGGCGUCUUGUCAGCUUCGUCGGAGAACAGAAACAUCUGAGUGACCAAGCAGCAGCAGUCUUUCACCACACCUUGGAAGCCAGCGAUGUGCAGCUUUUAUUUUAAAGCCGGUGAUGUGCGAUUUGAGGGGUGAGACUGGCAGAGAAGCGGCUGGCAGCAACGUUCAGGUGGGAGGAAUCUGAACUUGAGGCUCUCACAGGAUGUCUUCUUCUCUGUGAGCACCGCCACCUGGGUGUGGCAUCCUAAACUCUUGCAGCAGGAGCAUUUCCUGGAUGGACCACAGCAUCAGCUCAGCUUGUGUGGCGGUUUCCAUGAGUUUGGGGGAAUGUGGUAUGGGUUAUCUUUCGUGCUAAGGGGCUCCUAGUGAAGGCAGUCCAUUGCCUGGAUUUUGCUUAUUCCUUCUCCUUUUGUUUCCUCGCCUCCUGCCCAUGGGCACCCGCUGCAUCAGCAGACGGCUCCGGAAGACGUGCUGCUACUCAGGCAGGAGGAGCAGUGAAUGAAGAAGAUGCUUUUGGAUCCCGGCUUAUUUUACAUUAUGUGAUAGUAAUUACACCCCGUUUGUGUGUGGACAUCAGCAAAGGCUUUUCAGAGUGACUCUCUGCCCCCCCAGCCUGGACCAGAUUUCAGCCUGCGAUCGUCUACCCCUAAUGGCAUUCGGUUCCCGAGUCAGGUGACGAGACUUGGGGCUCUAAGCCCAGAGUGUUUGCCCAGGGACAUGGACGACUCCAGCAUCUUGAGAAGAAGGGGACUGCAGAAGGAGCUGAGUCUUCCCCGCAGAGGCAGCUUCUGUCGGACGAGCAACAGGAAAAGCCUCAUCGUGACAUCAAGUACCUCACCUACUCUGCCCAGGCCACACUCUCCACUUCAUGGACAUACAGGCAGCAGCCCUCUGGACAGCCCCAGGAACUUCUCACCAAAUGCUGCCGCGCAUUUCUCUUUUGCCCCCGCUCGCAGUCAUGGGCACAGAGCUGACAGGACCGAUGGGCGCCGCUGGUCUCUGGCAUCUCUGCCCUCUUCAGGCUAUGGCACCAACACUCCCAGCUCCACAGUAUCGUCAUCAUGUUCAUCUCAGGAGAAGCUGCACCAGCUCCCGUUCCAGCCCACGGCGGACGAGUUGCACUUCCUCACCAAACACUUCAGCUCAGAGAGUAUCACAGAUGAAGAGGGGCGACGAUCACCAGCCAUGCGCCCGCGCUCUCGCAGCCUCAGCCCUGGCCGCUCACCCAUUUCCUUCGACCAUGAGAUUGUGAUGAUGAACCAUGUCUAUAAGGAAAGGUUCCCCAAGGCCACGGCACAGAUGGAAGAGCGCCUGGCAGACUUCAUCUCAUCAUCUUCUCCAGACAAGGUCAUACCCCUAGCUGAUGGAGUCCUUAGCUUCAUCUUCCACCAGGUCAUUGAGUUGGCCCGUGAUUGCUUGGAUAAAUCUCGGGAGGGUCUCAUCACGUCACGCUACUUCUAUGAGCUGCAGGAGAACCUGGAGAAGCUGCUGCAAGAUGCUCAUGAGCGCUCUGAGAGCAGGGAGGUUGCCUUCGUUACCCAGCUCGUGAGGAAGCUGAUGAUCAUCAUCGCCAGGCCAGCACGCCUGCUUGAGUGCCUUGAGUUUGAUCCAGAAGAGUUUUAUCAUCUGCUGGAAGCUGCUGAAGGCCAUGCUAAGGAAGGACAGGGCAUCAAGUCAGACAUUCCCCGCUACAUCAUCAGCCAGCUGGGUCUCACCAGGGACCCCCUGGAGGAAAUGGCCCAGUUGAGCAGUUACGACAGUGGACACCCUGACACCCCAGAAACAGAUGAUUCCAUUGAGAGCUGUAAGGCAACCAUUAAGACAAAGAAAACACCCCAAGAGGAGGACUUUGAGAACAUCAAGCUAAUCAGCAAUGGAGCAUAUGGAGCUGUCUACCUCGUCCGCCAUAAAGAAACCCGGCAGCGCUUUGCCAUGAAGAAGAUCAACAAGCAAAACCUGAUCCUGAGAAACCAGAUCCAGCAGGCCUUUGUGGAGCGCGACAUCCUGACCUUCGCAGAGAACCCUUUUGUGGUCAGCAUGUUCUGCUCCUUUGAGACCAAGCGUCAUCUCUGUAUGGUUAUGGAAUACGUUGAAGGUGGAGAUUGUGCCACGCUUUUGAAGAACAUUGGAGCCCUACCUGUAGAUAUGGCACGGAUGUACUUUGCUGAAACCGUACUAGCGCUGGAGUAUCUUCAUAACUACGGCAUCGUCCACAGAGAUCUCAAGCCUGACAAUUUGUUGAUCACUUCCAUGGGGCACAUCAAGCUGACAGAUUUUGGUCUCUCGAAGAUUGGGUUGAUGAGUCUUACAACGAACCUGUAUGAGGGUCACAUUGAAAAAGACGCCAGAGAGUUUCUUGACAAACAGGUGUGUGGUACCCCAGAGUACAUCGCCCCAGAGGUGAUUCUUCGUCAAGGUUAUGGGAAACCAGUGGACUGGUGGGCGAUGGGUGUGAUCCUGUAUGAGUUCCUGGUGGGCUGCGCACCUUUCUUUGGAGACACUCCCGAGGAGCUCUUUGGACAAGUGAUAAGUGAUGAAAUCAUCUGGCCUGAUGAAGAAGAUGCCCUUCCACCAGAUGCUCAGGACCUCAUCUCAAAACUCCUGAGGCAAAACCCAUUGGAGCGGCUGGGAACAGGUAGCGCCUUUGAGGUGAAGCAGCACCGAUUCUUCAUAGAUCUGGACUGGAACAGCCUGCUGAGACAGAAAGCGGAGUUCAUCCCACAGCUGGAAUCGGAGGAUGACACGAGCUACUUUGACACUCGCUCAGAUCGAUACCACCACGUGGACUCUGAAGAAGAAGAUGACACCAAUGAUGAAGAGCAUGUGGAAAUUCGCCAGUUCUCCUCCUGCUCCCCUCGAUUUAGUAAGGUUUACAGCAGCAUGGAACGACUGUCUCUUCAUGAUGAAAAGCGGACUCCACCCCCCACAAAACGCAGCCUGAGUGAAGAGGGCAGUGAUAAGAUGGACAGCCUGAGUGGCCUCAAGUCACGGGAUAGAAGCUGGAUGGUGGGAUCUCCAGAAAUCCUGCGCAAACGCCUGUCCGUCUCAGAGUCAUCUCACACAGAAAGCGACUCCAGCCCACCCCUUACUGUGCGGCGACGCUGCUGCUCUGCCAUCAUCGAGAUGCCACGCUUCGCCAUUUCUACAGAGGAUGAAGGAGGAGGAGGUGGAGGUAUGAAAAAGACGCCAUCCUCAGCACCCCGGACACCUCGUGGUGAAGAGUUGCCCCUCUCCAUCCCUGAACAACCCCUGGAGAGAGAGCUACGACUAGACGAAUCGCCCACCACUCCAGGGUCCACGGCCAGCACGCUCAGCAGGUCUACACUCACACCUGGCAGCACCAUUGGAACUACAGAGCGACCGUUGCGAUGUAACAGUACUGAAGAUGCCUCCACUCCUAAAGCCAUCAGUGACUUGGCAGCCCGCCGAGCUCGACAUAGACUGAUGUCUGGUGAGUCGGUUGAAAAGCGUACCUCCCGGCCACUCAGCAAGGUCAUUAAGUCUGCCUCUGCAACUACUCUGUCACUGAUGAUCCCUUCUGAUCACCACAGUGGAUCACCGCUAGCCAGCCCAAUGUCUCCUCACUCCCUGUCAUCCAACCCUUCUUCAAGAGAUUCUUCUCCCAGUCGAGACUUUUCACCUGCUGUCAGUAAUGUAAAGCCACCAACUGUCAUUCACCGUGCAGGGAAGAAGUACGGCUUCACUCUUAGGGCAAUCCGAGUCUACAUGGGCGACAGUGACAUCUACACUGUGCACCACAUGGUGUGGCACGUGGAAGAAGGUGGUCCUGCUCAUGAGGCAGGGCUUCAUCAGGGAGAUCUAAUCACUCACGUCAAUGGCGAACCAGUGAAUGGUCUUGUGCACACAGAGGUGGUGGAGCUCAUUUUAAAGAGUGGAAGCAAAGUUUCGAUCGCAACCACGCCUUUUGAAAACACUUCCAUCAAGGUUGGGCCUGCACGAAAGUCCAGCUAUAAAUCCAAACUGGUCCGGAGAAGCAAGAAGUCCAAGACAAAAGAGGGCCAGGAGAGUAAGAAGCGCAGUUCCCUGUUUCGGAAGAUCACCAAGCAAGCCUCCCUGCUACACACAAGCCGCAGCCUGUCAUCUCUGAAUCGCUCGCUGUCCUCGGGCGAGAGUGUUCCAGGGUCUCCCACUCACAACUUGUCACCUCGCUCGCCGACACAGGGCUACAGGUCCACCCCUGACUCUGUGCACUCAGUUGGCGCCAAUUCAUCUCAGAGCAGCUCCCCCAGUUCCAGCGUCCCCAAUUCUCCUGCGAGCUCUGGCCAUAUCCGGCCCAGCUCUCUACAUGGCUUGGCCCCCAAGCUGCAGCGGCAGUACCGCUCUCCCCGGCGCAAGUCUGCCGGCAACAUCCCACUGUCCCCUCUGGCACGCACGCCAUCUCCCACCCCUCAGUCUACCUCUCCUCAGCGUUCACCAUCGCCCCUGCCUGGUCACUCCGUGGGAAGCUCCGCCAUCACUCAGUCCUUCCCCGUCAAGCUGCACUCUUCCCCACCUCUGGUCCGGCAGAUUUCUCGCCCCAAGAGUGCGGAGCCCCCACGCUCGCCCCUUCUCAAGAGAGUUCAGUCAGCCGAGAAGUUGUCUCCCUCGUUAUCCUCGACGUCAUCCGGCGCUGAGAAGAAGCUCGCAUCUUCUCGUAAGCACAGUCUGGACAUCUCGCACGCAGAGUUUAAGAAGGAGAUGCUGCAGAGGGACCCUGGCCUCCAGAGUCUGCAGGAAUCUGCCAGCGAGACCCUGCUUGGGGGCCGGGCAGCCCCUGCCGAGAAAGGGACCUUGCAGAAGCCAUCAUCUCGCAAGCUGGGACGCCAGGAGACUCAGCCUGGGGGCGGCGGGACGGCCGGUGGGAAAAGCAAACUUCGAGACAAGCUGUCGGCGAUCCGGCAGGACAGAGUGGAGCGGAGGGAGUCCCUGCAGAAGCAGGAGGCCAUCCACGAGGUGGACUCGUCUGAAGACGAGACUGACGAAGGCUCUGAGGACAGCCAAGACGGCAGGCACGUGGAGCUCCGAGCCAACGCCAAGCACACACCUCGGUCAGACUCCGCCGAAGAUGAGCCCUACCUGCCCACCGAGGCCACUGACAGACCAGGGCUGGCCCAAAUUCAGAAAUGCCCACCUGCCCGGUUGGAGUCCCUGGCCAGAGGGCCCGGGGAGUUGAGCUGCUCCAAAGCCACCCAGAGUACAGAAGAGAAUGCUGGGAGUCUGGCGGCUGUCCUGCCAUUCUCAAGCACGAGGAGCAGCACCAGUGCGUUCACGGUGGUCAAGGACUGUCAUCCGCGUGUGGCCCAGGUCAUCACCAGAAUGACGGUGGAACCCGUGAAGGCCGGCCAGACCCCCCCGGCAGUCGACGGCCUCCGCAAAGGAAACAAGGACCUGACGCCACUGGCCAGCUCCAACGGGGACGUAGCCACAGUGGCCAGAAGUGUCCUCGGACCCGUCAAGCUGACCCUCCCAGGAGCCAAAGAAGCCAGAGACAAUGGAGCAGAUGGCGACCCCCCGAGGCUCAGAGAGCCGGAGCAGGAAAGGCGGGCCGAGGUGCUUGUUGGCUCUCAGGCGGCCCACCCCGAGGUCCAUCGGAAAACUCCAUUGGCGAUGGACUGUGAGGGCUUGCAGGGUGAAGAGCAGAAGCAAGGCUGGGUGAGCUGCCAGCCGGCGCAGAAAGACAAAGCGUACCGGAAAACGUAGCAGAGAAUUCCCAGCGGCCUAACACGGGGGGCAUUCGGGGCACUGCAUGUAUAUAUCUGUCUAUAUCUAUAUAUAUAUAUAUAGAUAUUUAUAUAUAUAUAUGUGUGUGUGUGUGUGUGUGUGUGUGUGUGUAUCUAUAUAUGUAGAUAUAUCAACUUUUUUAUGAUGAAAUGGCAGAAGAAUCUACAAAUUACGGGGGUUCUUCUGUGUUCAUGCUGCUUUGGGCUGCUCAUUUUAAACGUGUCUUGACAAGGGGAGCCCCCUCAUGUGCCCCCUUAUUAGUCGUGGCCCAGCAUUUCACUCACUCAUUCAGGAUUUCAGAUUUUAUUGUCUCCUGGAUUAAAGGGGGUGACGGGGGCCGAAUGUACUUAUUUAUUUACGAGCUCAACAAUCGGGACGUCCCGCCAAUAAUCUGCCAGCUCGGGCUUCACGCUGUGACGCUCAUUCCUUACUGUCCCACACUAAUCAGGCUCCUCGAAGUCAUCAGCACGCAUCAAGACCACCAGUGCAGCCCUCCGUCUCAGGGGAAAGAGUUACUGUGGGGAGAGCAGAGAUGUCGGUGGGCACUGAUGUCUGUCGCACGGGAAGGCACUAAACUCUAAUGUGCUGUUUACUGGUGUAGGGGAUCACCUCAGCCUGUCACUGAUGUUGGGGACAAUUCGUAUUUAACCACUGCAGGCAGCGGCUGUCACUGCUUUAAACGUCACAGAGCUCACGACACGCUGCAGUCUGUCACUAGAGGACAGUGGCCUUGGAGACCCUGACACUACGGCCAGUCACUGUGUGGCACUGCCUUGGGGGUCUUGACACGUGGGGGGACGGUGCAGCUCAUGGAACUCAUGAUAAUGAAGCCUGUCACUGGGGGAGGUCUCGACACCGUAGACUCUCCUUGGGGGUCUUGACACACCGCAGCCAGUCAUGGUGGUGGGGGGUGUUGGGGAUGGGUAGAGGUUUUUGGGUGCAGGUCACAGAUCUCAUGACACACAGCAUCCUAUCACUAGAGGACAUUGGCCUUGGAGACCCCGACACUGCUGCCAGUCACUGUGUGGCACCAUAGGCGGGUCACUAGGGAGCUCAUGACACGCUGCAGGCCGUCACUGGGGGGCGCUGUUCUCAGAGGUCUCGACACCGCAGCCACUCAUCAUGGGGGUGGGGAUACUGUCUUAGAUUUGACGACACCCUGUGGUUUGCCACCAGAGGGCACUGGUCACAGACUAAAUGACACGCUGGGGUCGGCCACUAUAGGAGUGACGGUGACACUGCUUCAUGUCAUUAUAGGACAUUGGAUUCAGUGGUCCUGACAAUGCAGUCAGUCCCUUUGGGCUGGGGGCUGAUUCUGUCACUUGGGGGGCGCUAGUCUCAGAAGUCAUAGCACGUGACAGAAGGGCAUCUCUGCUGGUGAUGUUGGAGGGUAUCCUGCACCCGGAGACCCCCCAAGCCCCAUAGGUUUUGGCCUCAAGAAGUCCUCGAGUAACAUGAGAAGAUACCCGCAGGCACUAGCAUGUGGUGCACAGUGGGCCAUUUGGCAGGGCGCCGGUUCUUUGUGGUCCUGUCAUGACCCGUAAGGUACAAGAGCAGACCACCACUUAUACCCGUGGGGACGCCGUAGCAGACAAAUGUGUCCCAACCUUCCGCUAAGUUUACACACUUUGAGCAGCUGCUAACGGGACCCCCCAGACGGCACUCGUGCUUGCGUAAUGGCGGUGCCUGCCGAGACCCUCCAGUUGCUGCUGCUGACCACACCAUUGGUCGCCUGUCUGAUGAAUCGACUGUCCGAGCGAGAUGCUAUUUAUUGUGUGUCUACUGUUUAUGUAUAUAGCGAAUCAGGGUGGGUGUGCGUGUGUGUGUUUGCGGUCCCGAGGGGGCAACUGGCAGCGGCGGGCACUGCUCGUACUGGUGCCAUGGAGUCGUGCGGAGGCACUCGCUCGGGAGCGACCUGCGUUGACCUUUGUCAUUUGAUUCUUCGCCACACCAGUGCAAUAUAUUUUUUUUAAUGUCGUGAAUGCAUGUCAAUGUUAAUUCCUCCUUAAUAAUAAAGAUUCUUUUUUUAUGUAA